AUGGAAUAUCCUUCUGAAAAAGAAUCUCACACUUCUUUCAGCAUAGUCCCUAAGCAUUACCAGCACAUCCUGGCUUUGGCAUUCACAGUCAAAGAGAUCAAUGAAAACCCUCACCUCUUACCCAAUCGCACUCUGGGCUUCCACAUCUAUGACAGCUAUUUCAAUGCAAGGAGGACUUAUCAUGCUACAAUGCUACUUUUAUCCACACAGGAGAGAUUUAUCCCUAACUACAUAUGUGAGCAAGAGAAAAAUCUAAUAGCAGUCAUUGGGGCAGUGGAUGCCCAAAUUUCCAUUGAUGUGGCAACUGUCUUGAAUAACUAUAAGGUUCCUCAGCUGCAUAAUUUUCUCAGACGUGCCUCUUUCAACAACAGCGUUGGAGACAAGAUUUCCUUUAAUGAGUAUGGGGAGUUAGUGCCUGGAUAUGAUGUGAUCAACUGGAUUGUUUCCUCAAACCAAUCAUUUCAUAGAGUGAAGGUUGGAAAUGUUGAUCCCAACCAAGGGUUGACCAUCAAUGGGGAUGGCAUAACAUGGCCCAACCAUUUCCACCAGUCUCAGCCUCUUUCCUUGUGUACUGAACGGUGCCAUCCUGGAACUAGGAAGAAAGUGAAAGAGGGGGAGCCAUUUUGCUGUUAUGAUUGCAUCCCAUGUCCAGAAGGGAAGAUUUCAGCUCAGGAGGCUUUGGUCCUGGGAACAUUUCUGAAGCACCACGACACACCCAUUGUCAAAGCAAACAACAAAGACCUCACUUACAUGCUUCUUAUUUCUCUCCUGCUCUGCUUCCUUUCUGCACUGCUUUUCAUUGGAUGGCCCGGAAAAAUGGUGUGCCUCUUCCGACAAACUGCUUUUGGCACCAUCUUCUCUGUGGCUGUUUCUUGCGUGUUGGCAAAAACCAUGACAGUGGUUUUGGCUUUCAUGGCCACCAGGCCCGGAUCCAGGAUGAGGAAGUGGGUGGGAAAGAGACAAGCUAUUGCCAUUGUGUUUUCCUGUUCUUUUAUUCAAGCAAGCAUCUGUACUGUGUGGAUGGCAUCCUCACCCCCAUUCCCUGAUAUUGACAUGCACUCAAUGGCUAAGGAAAUUGUACUGGAAUGUAAUGAGGGUUCCGUGACUAUGUUUUACUGUGUCCUGAGCUACAUGGGCUUCCUGGCUCUUGUCAGCUUCACUGUAGCUUUCUUUGCCAGGAAGUUACCUGACAGUUUCAAUGAAGCCAAGUUCAUCACUUUCAGCAUGCUGGUCUUUUGCAGUGUUUGGGUAUCUUUUGUUCCAACCUACCUCAGUACCAAGGGAAAAUACAUGGUUGCUGUGGAGAUCUUCUCUAUCUUAGCAUCCGGUGCUGGUCUGCUAGGUUGCAUCUUUGCCCCCAAAUGCUACAUUAUUGUGUUGCGGCCUGAGUUGAAUGAAAGGGAACAUCUAAUAAGAAAUAAGACCAGAAGAAUUUGA